AUGCACGUCUACCAGUUACUGUCGUUCUCUCCGCUCGAGAAAUUUCCCGGCGAGUUGCUUUAUGACAUCGUGAGUACUCUGCCAAGGCAAGAUCUGCUCCGUGUACGACUUGUCAGCAAAACAUUUGCUACAGCAGCUGCAUCUUCGCUAUUCCAUACGAUCCCUGUGUGGCUUGGCCUCAAAAGCUUGGAGCAAUUCAAAGCUAUCUCAGAGCACCACCAGCUAUCCCAAUAUGUCAAGGAGAUUGUGUUCUCACCAUUGCGGUUCAUCGACCAUGGGAGCGCGGAUCAGUAUCUUGAUCAAAUACGCCGUUUGCCCAGCCACGGGUCCUCUUGGGAAGACUCUCAAACUUUGACCUCAGCAGGGCACAUAGCUGCCUACAAAAGCUCCAUUGAGACACAACGCCGUCUGUCCUCACAGGGUAUCGACUCUCAAAUCCUCAUCGAGGGGAUGAGAAGACUACCACAGCUCUCGAGUAUCACGGUUGACUUCUUGAACUUCAGCAUUGGUUGUUUGGAGUUGAUGACCGCGUUCGGAACACUGAAGGCUGGACUGUCACUGACGUACGACUGCGAACACCUGCUUCCCUUGAUCUUUGGGGCCAUGAUAGCUUCCAAAGCAAACAUCAAGACCUUCAAGCUUGGAGAACAUGAAGACUUCAGGCAGGAUCUCCAAGGAUUCGGCACCAGAUGUUCCCUGCUUGAAUCUUUAAGCUCUGCACGAGACGGUGGAAGAAACCAUCCUAGAACAAUAUCUUCAGAAGCCCUGUUGAACACGUUCUAUCUCGCGGACGAGCCUAAAGGCAGGAAGACCUUGAGAGAAUUACGUUCAUUGGAGAUCUCAUCAAUCGAGACAAAUUCCGACCAUGGAGAGGAGUUGAACGAAACAAUGACGGCGAUACGUCAAAUCAUAGGGCUCAGCCCAAACCUCGAGAAAGUCACCCUAGGCGAGAUCAGUGACAAGGUUUCAGGGAAAAUGCCGUCUUUGAUAAGCGCAUUCGGUUCAAGCAAGUUGCAACGUCUGCAGAAGCUGGACGUUUACAACUACGCGUCCGAGGCAAAUGACAUGGUUCAUUUCUUUCGCAGCCACGCAGCCACCCUGGUCGAGAUUCGGCUUGGCUGGAUGACACUGCUAGAUGGCAAUUGGUCGUCGCUACUCACUCGAUUGAGGCAGGUAAAAUUUCUACGACUCAAGCAUUUCGUCCUGAACGAUUGUGAUGACAAUGAGGUCGACCUAGAAGUGCAGAACUACGUCCUAGGGAAGACGGACUUUGAUCCUAUCGUUGAAGCAAGAACGAUGAGAGACAACUUAGCCAGUACAUGA